UGUUCUGUAGUAACGCCCGUUGCAAGUCUAAUAUCAAGGACCGAUCUCAAUCAAUUGUCUUCCUGCAUUUCAUUCCGGUCGCUAUCGCAGCUGCUGUCGGACCCGUUGAAGGCAGUUCUCCAAUUCUUAUCGCGCUCGCAGGGGCACUGAUCGCGCCAUUCGUAUCUCACUCUCAGAAGCCCCUCACCACCAUGUCAGCUCCGACUCCUCUCUCUUCCUCUGCUCCGUCUUUGUCUUCAUCGUGCUCUCCACAUGGCGGCCCUUCUGUCGACCUCCGAGGCUUCAAAUGCCGUGUAUCAAGACGGACAAUUGACUUGGAGUGAUGGAAAGCUCAGAGAUGAAGACAUAAUCGCAGUGACGAGCACUGACGGGAGUGACAUCAGACACGCGGUAUGGAGUCUUGCACCGACCGACACUACGACAAGCCCGACGCAAUCUCCUUUCGAGUUACGCGCUACAUCUGCGACGAACCUUCCUGCGAAUUUUCUUGAACGAUACCUCCUUCGAGCCCUGCCAGACCCGUUGAAUCCCGAGGGAAGUGAUAUACACGUACUUGUCUCGACGCUGUCAGGUACAGGUCUGGCGCUUGGUUUCUUCGAAAAGGUGCUGCAACCUCUUUUAAGGGCGAUCGGAUUGGCGGACUCGAAAUACAAUGUUCUGAGGACGAAGAGUGCCGCAUCCGUGAAGGAGUUUGCACAGUCAACCCUGCUGGUUAAUGCGAACAAGGGAAAGAAGCAGACGGUGUUAAUGCUCAGUGGUGAUGGUGGAAUUGUGGAUACCAUUAACGGGCUGCUGGAAAACGGAAAUUUCUCGAGUACCUAUGUCAAACCCAUUGUUACCCAGCUUCCUCUUGGUACCGGAAACGCUCUUUUUCACUCUUUGCACCGGCCCUCUCCACUUCCUUCUAUCUAUAUUCAAGGGCUGCGAACCCUGUUCCAUGGCAAACCUCGACCGCUUCCCCUCUUCCGUGCAUCCUUCUCUCCAGGUGCACGUGCCCUGUCCAACGAAGGCCGAACAGCUACACCCCUCCAAAAUGAUAGACUCUACGGCGCCGUGGUAGCCUCGUAUGGCUUACAUGCGACACUGGUUGCAGACUCUGAUACUACAGAAUAUCGAGCACACGGAGAUAAGCGUUUUGGCCUUGUUGCAACCGACCUUCUCUUCCCUCAAGGCGGGGCUGGUCCUCAUGCUUAUAAAGCCGAUAUUACACUUUUCAAGUCCGGAAAGGGGGAAGUGGUUGAUAGGAAGGAGCAUGGCUAUAUACUGGCUAGUCUUGUGUCAAAUCUGGAAAAGACGUUCACGAUUUCACCCUUAAGCAAACCACUGGAUGGCCAGCUCCGUGUCGUGCAUUUUGGAGCGGUUAGCGGGGAACAGGCAAUGGGGGUUAUGAAAGAGGCAUAUAAUAAUGGGAACCAUAUAAGCCUGGAUGUGGUAGGGUAUGACAGCAUUGAGGGCUUGAGAAUUGAUUUCAAAGAGGAGGAUGAGGACUCGAAAUGGAGGCGCUGCUGUAUUGAUGGCUCCAUCGUUAGCGUUGAAAAGAAUGGCUGGAUGGAGGUGCGGACAGUUGACCAAAGCGAGGAGCCGGUGGAGGUUCUUGUUGACCUGUGAUGGUAGAUCCAUGCAUGGGAAGAUAAAGACUGUGUGUUUGCCUGUCUGCUUACAGUUCCAGGCUGGGUUUGUGUAGGCGCAAGGCUCUAGUGAUAUCCGAUAGAAGCGGUGGCUGAUAUCUUGUUAUGGGAGGAGCUUCGACUAAUGGUGCAGCUCUAAACUUUUACUUUUGCUCAGCCCUAUUACUUCUUUUCUCAGGAAUGUGAUUCCGCUGUCAAGGAAACAGCCGAAUCCUCGUUUCUGGACCAGAUUUUUAUAUUUUCACCGGAACGAUGACAAGAACAACAUCGAAUCAGAGAUGUAUUGAUACUUUCCUAGAAACUACUUCAUCCUCUUUUGUCU